AUGGACGAGGAGUGGGGCGAUUACCCCGCGCACGCGGAAGAAUGCGCGGAAGGGGAAGGCGCAAUCACCGCCGACGAAUGCGCGGAAUCACCGAGCACGCUGACGAAUGCGUGGAAGGGGAAGGCGCAAUGUGCGGGUGGGUUUCUCCGCCUAUUGCGUGGGGGGGGAAGUGCAGCCCGCGAACCAGGCGCUUCCGCGAACGCCCCUUCUGCGCGCUCUUCCGGCGACCUUUUCGGCUUCCGCCGCGCGCGGGGCGGGCGGUCGAUGUCGUGGGAUAAAGCUCCCGCCGAGAUCCGCGGAGAUGAUAAAAGCGCCAGAUCCGCACCAGCAGAGAGAGGAGCCGCGGAAGGCACGCGGGAAAAAGCAGGACGCGGCGGGCGAACUUCCCCAGCAGGAUCCGGGGAAACCCGCGGCUCACGCGCAGCAGGAUCCGGGGAGAAAACCCGCGGCUCACGCGCGGCAGGAUCCGGAGAAACCCGCGGCUCACGCGCAGCAGGAUCCGGGGAAACCCGCGGCUCACGCGCCAUCCGUGUACCAGAAUCGCCGUCGAAUGCGGAGAAGGGAUCCUUUUCAACUGACGAGGUGUCAGCGGCCGUUGGUGGACACGUGGAUGAUGACAUGUCCAACUUUGCGGACUUUUACUUGCCCUUCGAGGCUGGUAUAGGGCUCGGCGCGGAAGCAUACGUUUCUACCUCGCCGAAGCCAAUACCCGCCCCGAAGGACAAACCACCGCCCUCAGAUGCAGCUUCUCUUGCUUCUGCGGCCUUCCCCUUUUCUCCCGCCUCCCCUGCCUCUUCCGCGGCUCUUCCUCCUUCCGCAUCCACCACCUCUUCCGCGGCGUUCCCCGCCUCUUCCGCCUCGCCGCAUUCGCCCGCGCCCGCCGGGCGGCGUAUGGCUCGUUCCGCGUCCGCCAAUGCGCGUUCCCCCAACAUGAGUGGGUAUUCCGGUCACAUCCUUCCGCCUCGGCGGAGUCUCACUGCGCAAAGAACUUCCGCCCAUGGGGACGAAAUUUCCCCUUGGUCAGCCGCUUCCCCGCAAUUCGACGCCUCCCCUUCUGCAGCAACGAGAUCUCCCCGUAACGCCGCGCAUAGAGCUGGUAAUUCCAUAGGUAGUGUUAACAUUGACGGUGCCGCUACCACUUCUAACGCUGACGAUAACCGUAGCGGUAAUGUUAAUAAUGAGUACCGUGACGACGACAACGACGACGACGAAGGCGCGGUGAUGGCUCAGCCCAUGCACCGGAAAGGCGCAAAACGAGGAGGUUCAGCGGACCUCGCGCCAUCCGCAGAGGCGCAGCUGGUGGCAGCAGCGGCGGAAAUGCUCCGCGGAUUGGGCAGCGGGGCGCAGCAGACCGGGGGAGUCGGAGGGGCGGGAAACCGGGGCUUACACAGCGUCGCUUCCCCCACUGGAAGCGCUGCCGCUGGAAGGGUUUCUCCUAGCGAGCGGCAAGGCAGCUUACAACGGGGCAGCUUACAACGAGGCAGCAUACAGCGAAGCGGUGCUCGCAGCAGCAUCAGUAACGGCAGCAGCGCAAACAGCAGCUUUAAGGAGAGAUCCAGCUUUAAGAAUGGAGGCGGCGGCGCCGGGGGUGGUCCUGGGGGUGGUCCUGGGGGUGCAUCCGCGAUAAGGAGGUUCUCGUUAGAAGUCCAGGAGCGGCUGAAGCAGCUGCAGGUGUCGUUUGAUGAUUCCGCGGCCGGAGCUGACUCCGAUCAUGCGAGUCCUUUUGACGAGGGUGCUUAUAACGAGGGUGCUGAGAGUGCUUAUACCGAGGGCGCUGAUGGUGAACGGGGGCGGCUGAAUACUGCUGGGCAAGUUGAAGCUGCAGCGGCGCAUGCGGUUUCAAUGAACGCUCAUGUGUUGGGGAACGCUCCUAUGCUCUCCCCGCCACCCUCCCCCUCCGCCGCCUCCCACAAACCCUCCCCCCAAUCCCACUCCUCAUUCUCCCCCAAUGCGCCCCCCCACCCUCCCGCCUCCUCCUUCCCCUUCCACGCCCGCAUGCCUUCCCCUUCCGCCUCCCUUCACGCACCCCCCACUUCCCACCAACAACCCUCUGCCAACCCCAUCCCGCAGCCGUCCUCCCCUCACGCCCCAACUUCUUCUCCAUCCUCCUCCCCCUCAAGCCAACACAAGCCAAUCCCCGCCAUAUUCUCCCACCCUUCCCCUAUUACCACCCCCCCGCUUCACCCUACUGCCCCUUUCGCCCUGCUCGCCUUUUCUCCCACUGACUCCCCCAACUGCGCCUCCCCCUUCCCCUCCGCCCCCUCCCCCACCUGUCCCCCCGUAUCCCCCUCCAAGCCUCCGCGCUCCCCCACCUCUUCCCCCGGGCUCUCCCCCUCUUCGUCCCGCCACUUUCACCGCGCCUCUUCUAUCCGCUCCCCCACCCACCUCUCCCCGUCCGCUUUCCAGGAACCCCUUCCUUCUCCAAAUCCCCCUCACUCGGUCUCUUCUUGCCCAGAUUGCACCCACCGCUACCCCUCCCUUGGUCUUAGCCAUAUCUCCCCUUCUUCCCUGCCACGCCACGAGUUACCCUCAAGUAUCAGUGGUAUGGGAAUGGGGACACGCAUGGGGGGAGGUACGGGUUUGGGCACAGGGGCCACCGCCAUCGCCACCCAAAGAAAUAACCCCCAAGCAAGAGGGAUGCUGCACACUGCCUCUCCCUCUUUCUCACCUUUUCACCAUCUCAUUCCUUCUCCAGAAGAGAGCAAGGUGGGAACGGGUACAAACCAGACUCUACGGGCGUUUACGCGGUCCCAGAGUGCGGAUUGCGUUGAGGGAUCGACAGCUUUGGAGGAGACAAGAGUGAGGGUGCAGGCAGGGAAUGGUCGGCGGUUCAUGCGGAGAAACUCUGUCGAUGGAGGCUCCUUUGGGGGCCCUUUGGGGGCACGCAUGGGGUAUGCUGCAAUGGCAGCGCAUGGGAGGGGUGCGAGGAGCCCUAUCAAGUCGUGCAUAUCCCCGGCGAAUGGGUCUGGAGGAGCGAAGCUGAGGAAGCAGGUGUCGUUCAAUAAGGUCGUGCAAGUGCGGAGGUUCACGUCUUGCGACACCAGCCCUGAAUACUACUGA